AUGGAGUCCCCGACCGGCACCGAGAGCGCCCGCCUGGUCAGCCCGCGGGGCGGCCCCGCCGACGGCAGCCUGCGGCUCAAGAGUGCCCCCAGCAAACCCCUGGCACCGCCACCUCCAUCAUCCCCCGCAUCUGCAACCUUCGAUCUCCCCGCGCCCGCACUGCCGGCACUGGCGGGAGCCAUCGCCCCCGGCAUCUCCAUCACUCCCCAUCACCCCCGGCUCCUCCACCCCCCGGCUCCCGCACCCUCCGGCACUGGUACCCCCGGCACACCUCGGCAGCGCCAGCUCCCAUCCCCCGGGACCCGCAAGCCCCCGGCACGUCCAGCGCUGCCCAGCUCCCACGCCUCCCACCCCUCCAACACCCGCACCCCCCGGCACGUCCACACCCCCCAGCCCCCGCGCCUUCAUCCAUCUGGCACGGACAUCAGCACCUCCGCAGACGCCGAGCCAGCCCCGACCGUCCGUGCACCGGCACCUCCUUCCAGCCCACACCGGCACCCGCACCCCCUGACACCGGCAGCCAUCCCCUCCCGGCUGCCCGGCCGGCGGGAACCCCGGGCAACCGGGCCGGACUGCGGCUACCAGGGGUUCCGGGAGUCCCGGGCAACCGGGCCAGACUGCGGCUACCAGGGGUUCCGGGAGUCCCGGGCAACCGGGCCAGACUGCGGCUACCAGGGGUUCCGGGAGUCCCGGGCAACCGGGCCGGACUGCGGCUACCAGGGGUUCCGGGAGUCCCGGGCAACCGGGCCGGACUGCGGCUACCAGGGCCCCCCGGCCCCCAGCCCUGGCCGGGGGAGGCUCCAGGCCCGCCGGCAGCUGAGCAUCGCCUGCACCGUCUGCUGUGUCUUCAUGGUCGGGGAGGUGAUAGGCGGGUACCUGGCACACAGCCUGGCCAUCAUGACGGACGCAGCCCACCUGCUGACGGAUGUGGGCAGCAUGUCCGUCAGCCUCUUCUCCCUCUGGGUCUCCACCCGCCCGCCCACCAAGACCAUGAGCUUCGGCUGGCACCGCUCAGAGACGCUGGGUGCACUGGCCUCUGUCCUCUCCAUCUGGGUUGUGACCGGGGCCCUCGUCUACCUGGCAGCCGCCCGCAUCAUCAGCAACGACUACGAGAUUGAGGCGCGAGCCAUGCUGGCUACAUCUGCCAGUGCCGUCGGCGUCAACCUGGUCAUGGCCUACAUCCUGCGCCAGUCCCCUGCCAGCCACGGCACUGGGGGCUACGAGCAGCUGGAGAGCACCGGUGGCUGCCUGUCCAGCCAUGCCCCCCUGCCCGGCAGCACCAGCGUCCGCGCGGCCUUCGUCCACGUGGUGGGUGACCUGCUGCAGAGCAUCAGUGUCCUUGUGGCUGCCACCAUCAUCUACUUCAAGCCCCAGUGCAAGAUCGCAGACCCCAUCAGCACCCUCUUCUUCUCGGUCUUCGUCCUCGGCUCCACCUUCACGAUCCUCAGGGAUGUCUUCAGAGUCCUCAUGGAAGGGACGCCACGGGGCCUCGAGUUCGACGCGGUGAAGGAGGUGCUGCUGGGGGUGAGUGGGGUGAAGGGCACCCAUGACCUGCACCUCUGGGCCCUGACGCUGAGCCACCACGCCGUGUCAGUGCACAUGGCUGUCGAGGCCACCGCCGACCCCGAGACGGUGCUGCGGGAAGCCACCACCCAGCUGCGGAGCAAAUUCGGCUUUGCCUCAUGCACGGUGCAGGUGGAACGGUACCGGGAGGAGAUGGCAGCCUGCCAGCACUGCCAGGACCCCCGCGCCUGA